GGACCGGGGCGGCGGCGGCGGGGAGAGAGGCUCCAGGCAGGAUGCAGCAUGCGGAGGACCUGACACUUCUUGGAAACUCUUGGAAAUGGCUCCCGCCCCGGCACCGUAGGGGGCUGCGCACCCCGGGCCGGCGCUCGCCCCCGCUGGGCUGCUGAGCCGCGCACGGAUGGAGGGCCUCGAGGCUCUGUCCCUGCGCUCCGCCGUCGGCUCGGGCUGAAAAAGUUUCUCCAUGGUUCCUUUGUGUAGCCCGAGCGCCCGUUCGCUGGCCGCGAGCUGCCCCAGUCUUCCCGGUGGGAGGAGGUGGCGGAGCAGCUAGUGGGCAGCUGGCGCCCCCGCCCCAGCACAGGCCUCCGCCCCAGGGGCUAGCCCCGCACUGCACCCGAUCGCCAUGAUCGCCACCGGCGGCCUGCUGAGGAUUUCCGCCAGAAAGCAGGAUCCCCUCCGCCCCCCGAGCCAGGUCCCCCAGCGCAAGCGGAAAGCCAAGAAGAGGCGCAAGAACGACGUGGUGGUGGUGAAAGGCAAGCUGAAGCUGUGCUCCGUCUCCGGGCUCAUCGCCCUCUGCGGGAUCCUGGUGCUUCUGGUGGGCAUAGCCUUGGCGGUGGUGGGCUACUGGCCCAAGGCCAACGGGACCAACAGGGAGGGGGGUAAGCUGCUGCCGCCCGCGGGCAGCGGCCACCGCGUCCCCACCAUGACCAACAGCAGCAGCAGUGGCAGCAGAAACCGGUCCAGGAAGCACCCGGGGCCUCCGGAGGGGGUCACCGCCAGUUCCGUGGGCGCGCCCAGGAGCACGCCUCCAGCACGGUCCCCCGCGCCCUCUUCGUCCUCCUCUACGUCCGUGGGCUUCUUCUUCCGCAUCUUCUCCGGCUACCUGCACUCGGACAAGCUCAAGGUCUUUGGGCCCCUCAUCAUGGGCAUCGGCAUCUUCCUCUUCAUCUGCGCCAACGCAGUGCUCCAUGAGAACCGGGACAAGAAGACCAAGAUCAUCAACCUGCGGGACCUCUACUCCACCGUCAUCGACGUGCACAGCCUCCGCGCCAAAGACCUGGCGGCCGCCGCGGCUGCUGCCGCCGCCGCCGCCUCCUCGUCCUCUGCCCCCGCCUCGGCGCCCCCAGGGGCCGCGCCGCUCAACGGCUUCCUCAGCUACGUGCAGUCGCGGGGCCUGGAGCUGAAGCCCGGAGGCUGCGGCGGCGCCGGGGACGCCUUCGGGGCGACUGCGAUGCUGGGCAGGGGUGCGUGGCCCCACCCCGCGGCGCUGGGCGGGGGCGGGGCCCGGGGCUCCGCGUCCCCCCCAGACCUGGCCUCGUCCCCGCGCCGCCAGCGGGAGCCCCAGAGCCUGGCGGAGGCCGUGUACAGCAUCUACCGCGAGCGCUCCGGCGUGGCCGGCCGUCGCCGGGCCGCCACCGCGGUCGCCAGCAGCAGCAGCAGCCCGGCGCCCUGCAGCCCCCCCGAGAGCUGGGGGCGCCAGAGCACAGCCAGCUCCCUCGUGGGCUCCUCGCUGAGCGCCUUCGCGCUGCUGCCCCUGCCGGGGGACCGCGACGGGGACGCAGCGGGCGCGAGCCGCGGCUGGCAGCGGCCGCCCGGGGAGCGCGGCUCCCGGGAGAUCCCGCGGGGCGAGCUCGACCUGAGCUUGACCGACCUCCGCGGCGCCCGGGGCGGCGCGCGCUGGGCGCCCCGCGAGCCUGAGGAGCCGGCGGGCGCGGCGGCCGCGCGCACCGCCAGGGGGCAGGGUGGCCGCCUGCCCAGGACCGGCAGGUACGCGGCCCUGCGACGCCGCAGCACCAGCGGGCUCCCGGACUACCGGGCGCCCUCGUCCCCCGAGCCCCCGCCCGCCCAGCGCAGCGCGGACCAGGACUCGAGCGUCCCGGCCCCAGCUGCCUCCCCCGAGCCCCCGCUGCGGCGGGAGCGCUCGCCCCUCGCCGGGCCGGACUCGCCGAGCUCCCAGUCGGAUGACCGGUCCUGCAGCAUUAAGGGCUACACCCCCCUGCGGGAGGCCGGCACCUCCCUGGAGUCGGUGGUGGACCCGGUGGCUGGUGAAAGCCCAGAUGGUGAGGCCGCCACCUCCCCGGGGGCGGAGCAGAGCCCCCCGGAGGAUCCCGGCCAGGAGCCCCCUGCGGGCGAGCCCCACCAGCGGGUGCAAAGGCAGUUUACAAACGAGAAACUCUUCAUGAUUUCCCGAUCUCACUCCCCAGGGGUCGAGGACGGAGAACUGGAAACUACUGGCAUUUAGGGAAAGAGGAGGCGAGAAAAGAGUGAGAAAAUAGGAGAAACGCCCGCUUGAAGCAGUGAGCUUAACAGUUCCCUCUGUCCUUGGCGAUUUAUCCGAGGAAAUCGUCCACUACCCAAAGAGCUGCAGAAUGUUAGCCUUGAAUUGCGUUCACGAGAUUCCUGUAGAUAACUCCAAGCAAUUUUUUUUAAAAAAAGCAAACUAGUCUUAUAUGUCCGAUGGUGAUUGUAUGUUCUAUGAAAACCAAAUGUAUUAAAAGGCCAGCAAUCUAGUUCAUGGAUAAAAUUCUCUUAGUUUUCUUAGGAUCAAAAUAAUAUAUUUUUGACAGUAACUGUGCACUUUACUCCAACUUUUUGUUUUGGAUCCCUAAUUUCCCUAACCUGUACUCUGCCGCUGGUUUUGUCCACAGCUGCUUGUGAAUGACAAGCUUUUUGCCUCCUAUGCUUUUGCGGAGCAUAGAAGGGUCUAUCUCGGUUCUCUGAGAACUGAUAUUACUAAAUGAAGUCAAAGCCAAAAGCAUGAGUUUGUCGGGAAAGAGCACUUUCCUCGCCCCACCCCUACUCUGCUCAUCCAGUUGCCCAAAGGCCUCUCUAUUUUUGAAAAGGGAAUUUACAUUUUGCUACUAGGGUGUCUAAUGGAGACCAGAGGGGGCCAGCACCUAGAUGGACUGUUACAUUCCUAAAUUUACUAUAUCAAGUACACGAUACUUUAUGGAGUACUAUCACACCUGUACUGAAAAUAGCAUUAACAUGAAAAAAUCUUUUUUAAUAAAACAAGUUUCCAAACAAACAUAAUACUCCCUCAUUUUGCCUUGGAACUAAUACUUCUAACACACAUAAAACAUUAGGCAGUUCAGCUGGUAAAUCUAAGAUAUUUUGCGAUGAUACUGCUACUGCGAUUCUAGCUCU